CAAAAUCCAUGUAUUAUUUUAAAUGUCUAGCACCAAGACUACUGUUAUACAAUACUUAUCAUGGCACUUGGUUUUAACAAAGAAGAUCUCCUCUAUAAUUUAGCCUAUGAGUGCGAAGGUCAAUUCAAUAACCUAUUAAAAGCUUUACAGAAGACAGAACCGAAGGAUAAGAUGGUCGAAUUAUGUUCCGAAUACCAACAACGCUUUGCUAUAUGGACGGCGCAUCUCGAAGUCUUUGCUCGAAAGAGCCAGUGCUUAGAUACAAGGCUCCGAAAUCUCCCAGACCUUCAAGAUCUUGUUGCACGAUUAUUGGAUAUCUUACGCCGUAGCUUGCACCACUGUUUGGCCGAAAUAGCCAGCCAAAGAGAGCAAGAGCUGGUUUUGAUAUGCGACACUGAGUGUCUCUCUGGUACUUCUCAAACACAGCUGGCAGCUUUGCAGACGAUAGACGAUACUAUCACUCGAUUAACUCGCCUAGGAACCACCAUUCUACAAUCAAGCAAUAGCAAAAUCAAUACGAGAGUUAAGAAGUUCGCUGCAGGUCAAAAUUUCGAGUCAUUCGCACGUUUAUGUGCGAACGCUGUCCAAGCUCUGUAUCCAGGUGCCCACCAGUCGCUCAAAGAGUAUCUCGGCAAGUCGAUGACUACCAGAUAUGCACAAAUUCUAUUCCUCAGUUCUCCCCGCGCUCAUCUCGAGACACGCCGAGGAGAUCUUCCAACAAUUGAGGAAGAACCUAGCAAAGAGACACAGACUAAUUAUCUUAUAUAUCUGCUAGCGAAAACACUUACAAAUCCAGUUGUAUUUCAUCUUCUGGCAGUGCCUCAUACCCACUCUGUGUCUGGCUUGUCUAGUCUCGACACUCAACAGAUCACGAAUGGCAGUAAACAGCACAAGGAAGCAUCGACAAAACAUUAUAAGACGUCGUCGAUUCUAGUAACGCGGGGCAACUAUCCGCUGUUGCCUCAUAUAGAAGGAGGCAACAAUAUCAUCCCUUGCGAGUGGUGUGGAGAGCCAUUGGAUAAGAAAAAGCUUUCGAAAACAAGCUGGCGUCAACAUAUAGAUCGAGAUCUCAAACCCUACAUUUGCCUAGCUGAAGAGUGUUUAGAUGGGCACUCGGCUUUUCCAACGUUUGAUGAAUGGUAUACACAUAUGGAACUUCACGAUUGGCAAUGGCAUCAAAAAGUUUAUUUAACAUCUAGCUGGGUGUGUCCCCUCUGUGGACUCGUCGAUGACGCUUACAUGAGCCCACAAGCUCUAUACUCGCACCUAACUAAAUAUCAUAGAAAAAAUUUCAAGGAUACACAACUCGAAGCCAUUUCACGACAGAGCAAAAUGGAGCAACCGAGAGCUUGGAAUGACUGUCUUUUGUGCUGUUUCACAAUUGAAGAGGAAAAAGGCAAAGAUCGGUCGGUUAUCUCCAAACAACAAAACGAUCAACAGAAUCAAGAGCCUAUCAAUAAACAGAAUCAAAAUGCGAUCAAUCAAGAGAAUCAAGAGGCUAUCAAAAGUCUCAGGAUGAAUCUCACAAUGGCUAGCCCUCAUCCUAGCCUAGAUGUUGAUUCAUUGAAUACCUCUUCUAAUUCUGACAACGAGGAUUCUCAUUGGCAAAAAAGGCAAAGAAGAGAUUCUUCGAACACAAUAGCACGACACAUAGCAGGACAUUUACGAGAGUUAAUGCUUUUGACACUGCGCUUCGCAACUCUGGAGUCUGGUGGCGAGGAUUUGGAUGAUGACAUCAAAAGUAAUUCUGUUGACAUCGACGAGGGAAAUAGCGACGCCUCAAAAGACACCGAUCUAGGAAGAUUAUCUAGUAUUAGCUCCUGGGCAAAUGUCUCUAUGGAAGACCUAGGUGGACAGGGCAACAGGGAAAGCUCUACGAAUCUAGACGGUGAUGUUGCAAAAGAUGACACCCUGGGCUCCAAUCCCGGUCUCAAUUUCGGGAUGGCACUAAAAGAGCUCGAUAAGAUUGAAAAUCAGAGUAUCGAUGACUCAGAUAAUACAUCUAAGUGGCUAAAUGCACCUCAUACUGGUCGCUGGGAAUAUGCGAACACGAACGAAGGCGAUGAUCACGCUAUUGGAAAUAUUGGUGCUUCAACGCCAGCAGAUCAACGACUCCGCAAUAGCUCUCAAUACCCGAAAACUAUAGCGGAAGGGAAGGGUCUCACGCGUUGGAGAAAUGGUACCUACUUCCGAGCGAUUGAGACCAGGGAUAUACCCAGUAUUAGAAAGCUGAUAGGAGACGGCGCUGAUCUGGAGACAACAGAUGAACUUGGCCGUACACCUCUUUGGCAUGCAGUGAUCAUUGGGCAUCACACAAUUAUCAGAUUGCUUCUUGACAACGGCGCGAAUAUAGAGGCGCGAGACGUUGAUGCACAAGAUAUCUUGGGCUGGGCGGUGGCCAGUAACAGAUACGACAUUGUUCAAAUACUACAGCCGGGACAAAAGGACCCCCGGAAGUUUUAUGAUGCACCAUCGAGACGGACACAAUUUGACUCUGACUCUGAGUCUUCUAUACAUAUACGCCACAAGAUUGCAAAGACAAAAUAAGUCCAGCAUAUUAAUUAAUAGUCGUAUUAUAUUCGUUUAUCC